GGAGGCAGAGAGACAGAGAGAGAGAGACACUGACAGCUUGUCUGCUCGCUGGUUUCCUGUACUGCACCUUUACUUUGCACACUGUAGUUUAACCGAAGCGCCUUUAAAGUUACUCCGAGUCGAGGUCAGAAAAAUGCAGGCUAUAAAGUGUGUCGUCGUGGGCGACGGGGCUGUGGGUAAAACAUGUUUGCUGAUCAGCUACACCACCAACGCCUUCCCCGGAGAAUACAUCCCCACAGUGUUUGAUAACUACUCGGCCAACGUGAUGGUGGACAGCAAGCCGGUCAACCUGGGGCUCUGGGAUACAGCUGGACAGGAGGAUUACGACAGGCUUCGGCCUCUGUCCUACCCACAGACGGAUGUGUUUCUCAUCUGUUUCUCUCUGGUGAGCCCGGCAUCGUUCGAGAACGUCAGAGCCAAGUGGUACCCAGAGGUAAGGCACCAUUGCCCCUCUACACCUAUCAUCCUGGUAGGUACAAAGCUUGAUCUGAGGGAUGAGAAGGAGACCAUUGAGAAGCUGAAAGAAAAGAAACUGGCUCCGAUCACCUACCCGCAGGGCCUGGCAUUGGCAAAAGAAAUAGAUGCAGUGAAGUACCUGGAGUGUUCAGCUCUCACUCAGCGCGGCCUGAAGACGGUGUUUGACGAGGCCAUCCGAGCUGUGCUCUGCCCGCAGCCCACCAAAGUCAAAAAGAAGGGCUGCAUUCUGCUGUGAGGAGGAACGGUUUUCAAUGACAGACAAGACGCCGUUAAAAUCUACAGAAUUUUUGUUUUAUUUCUCAAGAUGGUAAAAUAAGAAAAUACUGCUGGAGCUUUUGUCAAAAUACAAAUGCAUUUGUUUAUUUUUAACCUACUAUGAUGUUUUUAUUCAUAAAGCAAUAAUGCAUUUAAGAUGGUACAUAUGUUAUAUAAGUAUACAGAAGGUAUUUAAAAUGUAAUGUUGUUUAUUGAGCAGUACGUUGGGUGUGACCCAGUAGUGUGCUGUGGACAUUACUGUGGAUAAAAACACAGUUUUAAUUUCAUUUUAGUACAAAACGCGUGGGUGGAGUUCAGACUAGCCCAUUCCAGCACAAAGCCCAUUAUAAAGCUGUUCACUGUUUUUAGUUUUCUGCAGGAUCUGAUGAUAAAACUAAUAUUAGAGUCCAUCUGAUGUGCUUAGAUACUGUGGGGUGGGUAAACACAUAUAGUAAUAUAACUCAGGCUCUUUGGUGUGAAAAUAAACACCUUUACGAACAAGAA